CACACCUAGCCACUGCCACAGCUGCCACUUGACGUUUGCGAUGUUGGGUUGGUUUGUUUGUGUUUGAUAAUUCCCAUUAUAAAGUUAUUUAAACAAUAAAUGCUUAUAAAUAAAAUUAUUUGCAAAGUAUUGUAUAAUUGUGGGACGUCCAAGUUACUAAAAGUAUCUUCCGCAGCUAUGACAUCACAACCGCUGACAAUAGACCUUUUGGGCAAGCUCAGAAAUGAGUACUACUCAGACCCGAAAAAUGAGCUGGCUCAAAAUGUUUGCACCAGGUUUGACCCCUUCGAAGUGGCUAUCAGUAGAAAGAAGACAGAUGGUGCCUUGCAUGUCUAUAACAUCAAGGUGGAAAUGGAGGGGAAGCCGGUGACGAAUCAGGAGAACUCUGGCAGGUGCUGGCUGUUCGCAGCCCUCAACGUCAUGCGUCUGCCGUUCAUGAAGAAGUAUGCCAUUGAGGAGUUUGAGUUUUCUCAGAGCUACCUGUUCUUCUGGGACAAAAUAGAGCGCUCCCACUACUGGCUGAACAGCAUCGUGGAGACCGCUAAGGCUGGGGAGGACCUCGAAGGCAGGCUCGUCAACUUUCUGCUCAAGGACCCCAUAAACGAUGGUGGGCAAUGGGACAUGAUCGUGAACCUGGUGAACAAGUACGGCGUGAUGCCAAAGAAGUGCUACCCCGAGUCGUUCAGCUCCAAGAAGAGUCUGCACAUGAACGCGAUCAUCAAAACCAAGCUGCGCGAAUUUGCGAAGGAGCUGCGGGACAUGGUGGACAAGAAGGCUACAGACGAAUGCAUACAGGCGGCUAUCAACAAGCAGGUCGCAAUUAUAUACAACAUUGUGGCUACGUGUUUAGGAACCCCGCCGCAAAAGUUCACGUUCGAGUUCUACAACAAGGAGAAGGCGUACAACAACUUUGGCGCGCUCACGCCGCAGGAGUUCUACGAGAAACACGUCCGCCCGCUGUUCGACGUCAACAAUAAGGUGUGUCUAGUGAGCGACCCUCGUCAAUCGAAUCCGUUCGGUAACCUCUACACCCUGCAGUGUCUGGGCAAUGUGGUCGGAGGUCGGCGCACCGCAUACAACAACCAACCGAUUGAGACGCUCAUGAACGUCGUGAAGGACAGUAUUCAGGGCGGCGAAGCUGUGUGGUUUGGAUGCGAAGUGUCCAAGAGAUUUGAACGCAAGAAUGGCCUUGAAGAUCUUGACGCACACGAUUACCGUCUGGUGUUCAACACAGAGGUACAGAUCGGGCUGCAGAAAGCUGACAGACUCAUGUACGGAGACUCCUGCAUGACUCAUGCCAUGGUGUUCACUGCCGUAGGGACUGAUGAGCAAGGCAAGCCCCAGAAGUUCCGCGUCGAGAACUCCUACAGCGACAAGGAGUACGACAAGGGAUACCUCAUGAUCACCGAGCCUUGGUUCAGGGAGUUUGUGUUUGAGGUGGUGGUCGAUAAGAGAUUCGUGCCGGCAGAAGUACUGGACGUGUUCAAACAAGAGCCGAAGGUGCUCCCGGCGUGGGAUCCCAUGGGAACGCUGGCGUGUCCCUUCUGCUCCCGGGAAUAAUGCCGCCAUUUUGUAUUUAGUUCCUUUUCAUACAGGCUUUUUUAUGCUGAGCCCACAUAUGUCGCGAGAGGCUACGAAAUAUUGCGUACCCUUUUAUUUUCGUAUCGAUUGAAAAAGAUAGCAAUAUGCAUACUAAUUAUAUCCCUCACAUACAUAUUUAUAUGUAGAGUUUCUGUAUGAAAAUGGAACAUCAGUAUUGCUUUAAAAUGACUGAGCUAUGCAAUAAUUAUACCGAAUUAAGCGUUAAUUAUGUAUUUAUUAUAUAUCAUAGAUUAAAUUCUAUAAUAAUAUUGUUUUUUAUAAGCACACUGUCAAUUUUUUUUUCUUUCAAGUUUUACUUUUCACUGCUUAUGGAGGUUUUAAAGAAACCUGGUGCUUGUAUAAAGUUUUUAGUCAUAUGUCAUAGGCCUCCAAAGAACAGAUGAGCAAAAUCAUAUUUAUUUAAUACCUACAUAUAAUAAAUCUAUGGGUAAAAUAAAGAUGAAUAGGUCAAUAAAUGAGCAUAUGGCUCAAUAAUACUUCUUUGGUGGCUUAAAAACCUACAUACAUCCAAAUGUGUUCAUUAUAGUUACCCACAUAAGUAACCAAGACUUGCCAAUUUUGUGGUGUAGAUUUUAAAAUAUUUUAUGGUAGAAGUUGUUCUAAUAUUUUUUGCUCUCAGCCAUAAUUUUGCUUCAGAAAUUAUGACCCAAAGUUACAAAAAUUUCCGCUGGAGUCUUAAAAUAAUGCAUUUUAAUUGGAUCUUUUUUUAUUGAAUUGAAGAAGUCGUCGCUAAGUAAAAUUUGCACUGUCUUGUGGCAUAGUGAUUGUGUCUGUAUUGUAAAUUAACUAAAUAUAUUAUAUUUUUGCA